ACCGCGAUGCUUCCGGUGUUGUUAACGUCUCUGGGAAAGAUGGCGGUCAGCAUCCGAGGCCGUCCUAUCCGAAGUAUACGGAUGCGAGGACGAAAUGACAGCGGGGAGGAAAAUGUACCACUCGAUCUCACAAGGGACCCCUGCGAGAAUAUGCGAGAGAUCCUCCAGAAUGUGGCCAAACAGCAGGGUGUCUCAAACAUGCGCAAACUUGGCCACCUGAACAAUUUUGUCAAGCUUCUCUGCAAUGUCGGCCACUUCGAGGAAAAGUUUGGCUUUACCUAUGAAGAAAUUAUUAUCUGCCUCAGAUUGGCUCUGCUCAAUGAGGCCAAGGAGGUGCGGGCGGCUGGCCUGCGUGCCCUUCGCUACCUCAUUCGAGACUGUAAUAUUCUUCAGAAAGUUCUGCGUCUCCAGGUGGAUUACUUGAUCUCCAGAUGCAUUGACAUUCAGCAGAGUAAUGAGGUUGAACGCACACAAGCUCUCAGGCUAGUGAGAAAGAUGAUCACUGUGAACGCCCUGCUCUUCCCAAGCUCGGUCGCAAACUCCCUUAUCGCCGUGGGCAAUGACGGACUGCAGGAACGGGACCGUAUGGUUCGCGCUUGCAUUGCCAUCAUCUGUGAACUCGCACUGGAGAACCCAGAGAUUGUGGCUAAGAGGGGUGGUCUCAGCACCAUACUGAAGAAUGUAAUCGACUGUCAGCUCAGUCGCAUCAAUGAAGCUCUGAUCACAACCAUCCUGCACCUGCUCAACCACCCACAGACGCGGCAGUACGUUCGCUCAGAUGUGGAGCUUGAGCAAAUCUUGGCACCUUACACCGACUUUCACUACAGACACAACCCAGACACAGCUGAGGGUCAACUCAAGGAAGACAGGGAGGCUCGAUUUCUGGCCAGUAAGAUGUCAAUUGUUGCUUCCUUUCGCUCGUGGGCAGGCAUCAUUAACCUCUGCAAGUCAGGCAACUCUGGGAUCCAGUCUCUCAUUGGUCUGCUGUGUAUACCAAACAUGGAAGUGAGGCAAGGUCUGCUGGAGGUGAUGUAUGAUAUAUUCAGACUCCCCGUUCCCGUGGCGACGCAAGAUUUUAUAGAAGCUCUUCUCAGUGUGGACCCCGGUAGGUUUCAAGACACUUGGAGACUUUCAGAUGGUUUCGUAGCCGCAGAAGCAAAAAUCAUACUUCCACAUAGGGCGCGGUCCAGACCUGACUUAAUGGAUAACUAUCUCGCCUUGUUGCUGUCUGCCUUCAUCCAAAGUGGACUUUUAGAGGGUCUGGUUGAGGUGAUAACCAGCAGCGAUAAUGACAUUUCAGUUUGUGCGACCAUCCUCCUAGGAGAACUCCUGCAUAUGGCCAACAUCAUCCUCCCUCAUUCCCACAGUCACCACUUGCACUGUCUGCCCACUCUGAUAAACAUGGCUGCUUCUUUUGAUAUUCCUCAGGAGAAAAGACUACGGGCGAGUGCUGCGGUGAAUUACUUGAAACGGUUUCACGAAAGGAAGAAACGAGGCCCUAAACCCAGCAGUCUUUACCUAGACCAAAUUAUUCGCAAGUCACUGGCCGCUCAGGGCUGUCGGGACCAGCAUAUCAGACCCCAGAGAGACAUUUUUGUCAUAAAGGACUCGGAGGAAGCUCUAAUGCUGAACCUCAAAGAGAGCCAGAUUCUCUAUCAUAAACAGAAUUUGGACUGGAACUGGAUCCUGAUCAGUACUAUAUUGAAGUGGCCAAAUGUCAACCUACGCAACAACAAAGAUGAGCAGAUGCACAGGUUCGUGCGAAGGCUGCUGUUCUUCUACAAGCCCAGCAGUAAGCUAUAUGCCAGCCUAGAGCUGGAUCACAGCAAGGCCAAGCAAUUAACAGUAGUGGGCUGUCAGUUCAUUGAGUUCCUGCUGGAGUCAGAUGAGGAUGGCCAAGUUUAUCUUGAGGAUCUAGUGAAGGAUAUUGUGCAGUGGUUGUCCUCGUCCUCAGGGCUGAAGCCAGACCGUAGUCUGCAGAGCAAUGGUCUCCUCACCACCCUCAGUCAGCACUACUUCCUCUUCCUGGGCACUCUCUCAGCCCACCCGCAGGGUGUUAAGAUGCUCGAGAAGUGCAGUGUCUUCCAAUGCCUGCUGAACCUGUGUACUCUGAAGAACCAAGACCAUCUUCUGAAGCUGAUCGCUUCCACACUGGAUUACAGUCGGGACGGUUUGGCACGAGUCAUCCUCUCCAAGAUCCUCACUGCUGCCACUGACAAUGGCAGGCUGUACGCCACCAAACAUCUGCGGGUACUACUCCGAGCUAACGUGGAGUUCUUCAGCAACUGGGGAAUGGAACUGCUAGUGACUCAACUUCACGACCGCAACAAGGCUGUUUCAAUGGAGGCUUUGGACAUACUGGAUGAGGCCUGUGAAGAUAAGGCAAACCUUCAUGCUCUGAUUCAGAUGAAACCAGCACUAACUCAUCUGGGAGACAAGGGUGUGCUGUUGCUGCUACGGUUCUUGUCCAUUCCAAAGGGGUUCUCCUAUCUAAAUGAGAGGGGAUAUGUCACUAAACAACUUGAAAAGUGGCAGAAGGAAUAUAACCUCAAAUAUGUGGACCUCAUAGAAGAGCAGUUAAAUGAAGCCCUCACUACUUACAAGAAACCAGUAGAUGGGGAUAAUUAUGUGCGACGAAGCAACCAAAGGUUACAAAGGCCAAAUGUUUAUCUUCCUGUGCAUUUGUAUGGACAACUUGUACAUGAUAAAACAGGCUGUCAUUUAAUAGAAACUCAGAAUGUUGUUCCAGAUCUGAGCUACACAGUCCGCUGCCCAGUACUGGACAAAUGGGAGGGCAUAAAACAGCUCAAAGCUGCACUUUGGGGCUUGGGAAACAUCGGCACAUCUAACUGGGGGCUGAACCUCCUACAGGAAGAGAAUGUGGUUCCAGACAUUGUUGCUCUUGCCCAUGACUGUGAGGUUCUGUCCAUCAGGGGCACAUGCCUUUAUGUUCUGGGCCUCAUCUCUAAAACGAAGCAGGGUUGUGAGCUCCUGAAACUGCAUGGUUGGGAUGCGGUCAGGCACAAUCGCAGGCAGCUCUGGCCCGUGGUGACGGAUGAGGUGGAGCAGCAUCAAAACCCUCAACAACAGCAGACCCCACAACAGCAGCAGCCCCUCAUCCAGCUUUCAUCAGCCCCCAGCACCCUCAGCUUGAACUCGGAGUCCACUGGCUCCAGACAUAAUAGCGAGAGCGACUCUACACAGCCCAGCAUGUACAUCAUGGAUGACGAUAAGUUGGAAAGCCCUGAGGACCAUCCGUUGUACUUCAGACCCAAACUUCCGAAGGACCGCAGCCCCUUCACCAUCUUGUCCUCCAGCAGACUGGUGCGUAACCGCUUUCUCAUCUCCCUCUCUGGAAAGAAGCUCCGCAGUACCAGUGACCCCAAAGGCACGGGCAGUAGCGAUAAACUCCAGGGCGAGCAAACAUUCGGAGGCCUCCGAAGGAAUCGCACAGUCACUGAGCCCUCCAUGUACUCCCCCGUUCAGGGAGAUAUGUUCAGUCCCGUGUUUACGGAUGGACAUCUCCCGAAGAGCCCAAGUGUCAGUCUGGAGACCUCCUUUGUGGGUAACAAGACCUCAGACACAGAGGGCAGCACAUUCAGCAUUGGAGAUCCAGAGGUACGUCUGCACAAAACCGCUGAACGAGGUGGAGGGGGAGACGGCAAGCGAGAGCAGACUAGUCGGGAAAGGCUGGCCGGCGACGGCUCCACCUCUGGAGGCGGCCCUCCGUUCAAAAGCCGCAGUCAGAGUUUUAACACGGAUACGACCACCAGCGGCAUCAGUUCAAUGAGUUCCAGCCCAUCCCGGGAGACGGUGGGGGGCGUGGACUCAUCAACCAAUGACACGGAUUGUAUUAGUCUCAACACAGUCAUUAGCACCCAAACCAUCAAAACACUGAACUCUCUCACGCCCCAAUCCAACCACCUACCCCUGUCCAAAUCGAACUCCGUGCUGCUGAUGCCCCCGGGCUCCUCGCACACCCUGCCACGCAGGGCCCAGUCCCUUAAAUCCCCCUCGGUCACCACCAUCUCAAGCCUGACGGACUGCAGCUUCAUGUACACGAGCCAACGGGACGCGCUGGGCUACGCUACACUUAAAAGACUGCAGCAGCAGCGCAUCCAUCCUUCGCUGUCCCACAGCGAGGCGCUGGCCUCUCCCGCCAAAGACGUGCUUUUUAAAGACGCCAUCACCAUGAAAACCGGCAGCUUGGACUCCAGACUCACACCACGCAGGUUUCUCAAGGCUCUGAGUUUUGCAUCUCUGGAUAAAGAGGAUCUUCUGAGCCCCAUCAGUCAGACAUCACUGCAGCGUUCUUCCUCCGUGCGCUCCAUGGUCUCCAGUGCCACAUACGGCAACUCCGACGACUACAUCGGCCUUGCACUGCCAAUGGACAUCAACAGCAUGUUCCAGAUUAAAGACAUACCGUACUUCCAAAAGAGAACGAGUCCGCCAUCAGAGGACAGAUCAGCGAAGUUCUUCUCUGAAAAUGUGGAUGGUUCCAGCGAAGGUUCUAGACAUUCUGUUUUAAGGUCUCAGUUGAGUAUUACAGAGCUGAUCGCUGUGAGCCAGACGGAUCACCAGCAGCUGCUGGGUGCGGAGGAGACCGGCCUACAGGAGCACAGUGAUGAGAACUGCCUUUACUGCGCAGGGCUGCACGUGCUCGGCUGCAAUUCAGAAACUUCAACCCAAAAUCGCCCAGACUAUGGUGAUGCACCAUACUCGGAAUGGUGCAACCAAACCAUACACAACCUGGAGGUGAUGCCCCAGUCCAAGUUCUCCGGGGUUUCCUGCUGCAGUGAUGCUGUUUCUCAGAGCUCUGUUGGCAGCACGCGCAGCACUGAGCUUGUCCUUGGAGUUAAAAAUAUUCCAGAAGAUGCUCCAGCCUGCCGUGUUCUUCUGAGGAAGGAGGUGCUUCGGCUGGUUAUCAACCUUAGCUCCUCAGUGGGGACCAAAGGGAAUGAAACUGGACUCCUCACAAUCAAGGAAAAGUUUCCCUAUGCGUUUGAUGACAUCUGCUUGUAUUCUGAAGUUUCUUACCUGCUGGCUCAUUGCAUGUUUAGACUAGCCUCACGACGCUUCAUACAAGAACUCUUCCAGGAUGUUCAGUUCAUUCCGAUGUACGAGGAGGCCGAGAGCGUUCUGUCAAAGCCCAAGAAGUCUGCCACUAUAGAUCCUCCAUCAGAUCCCUGAUUCUCCAGAGGAUUCACACUAUUAUCUUCCUUGAUACACCAAGUUGCCAAUCCAUUUCCCUGCCGGUGCACUUAAACAUGGUAUAAGAGACAUGCGGGAUAGAUAUAGGUGGAUUGAGUGAGACAGAGCGGUACGUUUAGAGAACAAACAUACCUGAACAAAACACUGCUCAGAUGCAUUUGCGGUGCAUGUUGUAACCAAAUAAUCCUUUUGUCAGGCAAUUAUGAACCACAAACCAUUCAAUGGAAAGUGAAACUGAAUUGGAGGAAAAUAUCGCAAACAAAAUUUUAGUUUCUAGGAUGUUAACUUGAGUAAAUCCUGUUGACCUUAUUGUCGUUUUUAAGGGCAUGCGAUUCGGGUUGCACGUAACUAAAGAAUUUUAUCCCGAGCCGAUAUCUUGACACUAAAACAUUCCGGUUGUUUCUCUUUCCUGAAUUUACUUCUACUAAUUCUGGCUGUUAAAGGAAUAUUAAGAAGUUGCUUUUGCGGCAAGAAUGAGCAAACCCUCGGCUUUAGUUCUGAUGUGACUGCUCUGCGAGACAAUCAUCACUAAGUAAUAAUAAUGAGCAACUGCCAGUUUUUAUUUUCAUUUUGUACCUGAUUCAUGGAAUGACCUCUUCUGCUUAUUCGAUUCUUAUCUUGACGUUGCAGUCACCAAACUCCAAGGAAAAUGUGUUUGCACAUACUUGAUGUUAUAGAACCGCAAUUUUACAACAGUAUGAGUAUUGUAUGAUUGUUUAACUGUGUUAACUGACCUCUGAAACGUCAUCCAAAAAAUAUCUACGUUUGAACCAAUAGUAAACAAGAUAUUUAUUUAUUUAUAUGCUUAUUUAUUGUUUGGUCCAAGCAGCUUCUCUAGGUCCUUCACACUUCAUUUCCAGCUCAUUAGUCUGGAUUAAACCCAGAUGUGUUAUUUCUGGCAGUCAGUUGAAAAUAUUUCAUAGCAUUUCAUUUCUGCUAUUUAGUUUGUAAGGUUCAGUCUAAUGAUUUCCAACUAACCCGGUCACCUUAUAAAAGUAUUUGUUUUUGUGUAGAACAAAAGACAAUAUUUCACAAUGUUUGUGCUAUGACACAAGUUAUGACAUGUUUAGGAGUCUAACUGGCUACCGCCUGUAAUUACUAUAAAGUAUUCACUGUUAUGGGUCAAUCUGGUUUAAAAUUAAAUUUGGACAGUACCAAAAAUGAAAAAUUCCAUAUUUGUACUUUUAAAUUUACUGUAAUGAACCAUUUUCUAUGCAAUGUGGCUGUGCAUUUUAUGUGCAUCAUGUUAUAAAAAUAGGACGAUCAAUUUUUGUUCUGGACUGGGCCAUUCGUGACGUUAGAAGGCUUUAAUUGUUUUCUCACAUGUAGAAUUCAUGACAUUUACCUUUUUUAUUUAUUAUAGAAACUAAUUAAUCUGACUUUACUUCUGAAUUAAGCAUCAACUUUAAACCAUAUUUUUUUAUUUUGUGAGAGAUUAAUUUAGAAGUUUGAUAUGGCCAGCAAUAAUGCUAGUAGUUGUAAUAAUCAUUUUUUAUAUAUUGUUCAAAUCUAUAAUGCAUGUGCAUUACCCCAUCAGAGUUUUCCAAGAGUAAUGGAAUUAAACGUCAGGUGAUACUGGCUCAUACGAUGCUGCUUAAACUAAAUAUGAUGUUUUGGAUUUAUGUACUGGCUGGUAAAAUCUUCGGACAUAAAGCCACUAAUAAGAAAAUAUUUUGAAGGGAAUCUGUCCCUGAUAAUGUUCUUCGUUGAACCGAGAGUAAAGCAUGUUACUUGUGCGCUCAAGUUUCAGGAAUUGGUGAUAUCCCAGAAUGUAAGGUCGUCCUUUGUGGAUCUUUUUCCACAGUGUUAAAUCAUGUUCUUGGUUUGUCUUUAACACACUGGGGGUUAUUUGUACCCCUCAGGAUGACCGUAAGCCAUUGUUUUAAAGGAUUUUGUAUUGUAAUGCUGGUAUUAAAUGCACUGGUGUUUUUAAACCUUACAAAUUAUAGUGGCAAAAAGUGCUGAGCAAUUGAAUUUGUGGACCAAGUUCCAAUUAUUUUGAAGGGGGUUGUUUUGUCCAUCACUAUUGAUGCUAAGAGUGUAAAGGAAAGGCAUAUAUUUUAAAUGUACAUUAGUUCAAUGAAACUGCACCUUUCCAUGAUUUUGUUUUCUGUUAGUGCACUCAUGAUUUUGCAGAGCACUGAAAUUUAAGCACCGUGUAAUAAUGAAAUUGCAGAGAAAGAUGCAAGUGUUAUUUAUAUUUUUUCCGGAAGGGAAAAACUCAAACUGUUGUACAUACUUCUGAUGUUUUCUUAAUAAUGGGCUUUCUUGUAUAAUUUAAUGUGUUUUGAGAAUGGGGUGGGUUGGGGUUGAUAGUUAUGAGCCUUGAGAAACAAUCCAAUGAAAGGGAUGCAUCCUCAAUAAAAAAUUCAUUGUA